AAGAAGGAAAGUCUGCUCACCUGCCUCUCUGACCUCUUUAAUAGUAUAGCCACACAGAAAAAGAAAGUUGGCGUAAUACCACCCAAAAAAUUCAUAUCCAGAUUAAGAAAAGAAAACGAAUUGUUUGAUAAUUAUAUGCAGCAAGACGCACACGAGUUCCUGAACUACCUUUUAAACACAAUUGCCGACCUAUUACAAGAGGAAAAGAAACAGGAGAAACAGAAUGGCAAGGUGCAGAAUGGCAACUUUGAAACUGAGGAGAAUGAUAAAACGGAUCCAACUUGGGUACACGAAAUAUUUCAAGGAACACUAACUAAUGAAACAAGGUGUCUUAACUGCGAAACUGUUAGCAGCAAAGAUGAAGAUUUUUUGGACCUCUCGGUUGAUGUAGAACAAAACACUUCAAUAACUCAUUGUCUAAGAGGCUUCAGUAACACUGAGACACUGUGCAGUGAAUCCAAGUACUACUGUGAGCAGUGUCGUAGUAAACAAGAAGCCCAAAAGAGAAUGAGGGUAAAGAAGCUACCAAUGAUACUUGCGUUGCAUUUGAAACGUUUCAAAUACAUGGAUCAGCUCCACCGAUACACAAAACUCUCUUACAGGGUGGUUUUCCCCCUAGAACUGAGGCUCUUUAACACUUCGGGGGAUGCCACCAAUCCAGAUCGAAUGUAUGAUCUUGUUGCUGUAGUCGUUCACUGUGGCAGCGGGCCAAAUCGUGGACAUUAUAUCACUAUUGUAAAGAGUCACGGUUUUUGGUUGCUAUUUGAUGACGAUAUUGUGGAGAAAAUAGACGCUCAAGCUAUUGAAGAGUUCUAUGGGUUGACAUCGGAUAUCUCCAAAAACUCCGAAUCAGGUUACAUUCUUUUCUACCAAUCAAGGGACUAAGAGAUUUCAAGUAGGAAUUACUUGUCAUGCUGAAGAUAGCUGGUUCUCGACAGUAAUACCCACGUGCACCGUGUGACUGGGACCAGCUAAAGAGAUCGAUGAACAACAAGGGUACUAUGGUAUGCAGGCUGAGAGUAUGAAUGUCUGCCUACAGCAUGACCGCACAAGACAUUUGCGUUCCGUACCACUCUCUUCCUGUUAUUAUGUACCAUCUUCCAAAAAUCAUUGUACACUAUUUAGGCGAAGAGAAGACAAGUUGGCUUUUUUUUUCCCGGUGACUUUUAAAAAGAACUGGUUUUGAAUAAUAUAAUUUAACUUUUUUAAGCAUAUUUGACACUACUGUAAAUUAUUUAGUUAUUAAUGUAUUAAGUCAAUGAAUUGAUUUUGGCACUGAGAACAUUCUGAUAUGGGAAGAAACAAUGAUUUUUUUUUUUUUUUUUAAACUCUUAAGUUUUCUUUCAGAUAUAAUUUUUUUUGAAUGGAAUGCAAACUAUUAUUUCCUCCCAGAUCAAAAUUAUGGAGUUUAAGAAGGAACUGCGAAUGCUGGAAAAUCGAAGGUACACAAAAAUGCUGGAGAAACUCAGCGGGUGCAGCAGCAUCUAUGGAGCGAAGGAAAUAGGGAACGUUUGUGGCCGA